UAUUUUUGGCAAAUCGAGCCUUGGCGUUCUGGUAAAAUUGUGUUCUCAUAAUAAAGAGGUAUUUGACAUCAAGUGCCUUGAUAUCAUUUCUGUGAUAGCACGGAGUACGGCAGGGGGCGUUUAGUUUCGUCCUGAAGAAACUGAAAAAGGACUUUCUGUUUGUACACUAUUCAAGAUUAUUUCUCUGCCUUUUAAUUCGGCUGGCGUCCUUAGGCCUCACGGCGGCUACAGAAAUGGGUUCAUGCCGCGAAAUGACGUAAUUUGCAAUCGUGCAGAUGAUGGUUCGAUCUGAUGAUAUCAGGAGGUUUUCAUCACCGUAUUAAUAAACAAAGAGAAUCCCCUUCAAGCUGCGAUUGUCACAACAAUCGUAAUAAAUUUCGAAUUUUCAAUUAGAAAUACGUAGUUUCUUCUUGACCAGGUGCGCUGUUGAGGUUAGCUGAAUUUUUUGUAGCAGGACUUGCUGCAGCAGCUUUUGUUUUGCAGUAUGAAUUUCAAGGAAGCUUUUCUUUGCAUUUCGGCAAUGUUUUACAUCGCCAGUUGUGGUGCUAAAAAGUGCAACACAGUGACGGAAUUUCAAUGUGAGAACGGCCAGGGGUGCAUUCACAAGUCUUGGCGAUGCGAUGGGGAGGACGAUUGCAAGGACAGGUCAGACGAGCGAAACUGCAAGAGACAGCGCUGUGAAGAAACACAAUUCAAGUGCAAAAACAAAAAAUGCAUUUCGAAGUCGCUGCGAUGCGAUUCUGUUGACCACUGCGGAGACAAUUCGGAUGAAGUUGGCUGUUCUACGUUCCCGUCAUUUUCUUGUAACUUUGAAGGAGCAUUUCGUUGUGCCGGAACUGACAACUGUAUCGACGGAAAGAAUGUCUGUAACAAACAUAAGGAUUGUCCAAACGGAGACGACGAAUCGAAGGACUGUGGUGUGGACGAAUGCCUUGUCUCAAAUGGCGGGUGCUCACAAAUCUGCCACGAUUUGGCUAUUGGAUUCAAAUGCUCAUGCAAGCCUGGCUUUGUGCUGCAAAAUGACGGCAACUCCUGCGCUGAUAUUGAUGAAUGUGCUACCUAUGGUACAUGCGAACAACAAUGCCAGAACACUGCUGGUUCAUAUAAGUGCCAAUGCACCAGUGAAUACACACUACAACCAGAUGGCAGGUCUUGCAAAGCUAAAGGCAAAGAGCCUUCCUUGAUGAUUGCUAAUUUGGUCGACAUUUCGCAGUUUAGCUUGGAUGAUGCUGAUAGCAGCCGUAUUGUCUAUGGCAAGGCAAUGGGAGGCUGCCUCGCUAUGGAUGUCAAUCCUCAUGAUGGACAUGUUUACUGGGCAGACUACGUCAAGAAAACCAUAUCACGUGUCCACUUAAAUGAUACAAAAAAUGUUGCUGUAAUCGUGAAUGGAAAGUUAACACGUGCUGAAGGAAUUGCAGUUGAUUGGAUAGGGAACAACAUCUACUGGACAAAUGCAGAUGAGGCUAAAAUUGAAGUAUCCGAUGUAAAUGGACGUUUUAGGAAAACCUUGUUCGAUACUGGACUACAAAUGCCAAGGGGCAUUGCAGUUGCACCAGCUAAAAGGUUUGUUUUUUGGAGUGACUGGGGAAGUAAUCCGAAAAUCGAAAGAUCAAGCAUGGAUGGCGCUGAUCGAAAAACCAUUCUUGGAUCAGAUACAUUGAGAUGGCCUAACGCUGUUGCAGUUGAUCAGUUGCUCAAUCGACUAUACUGGGUUGAUAGUGGCAAUGGGUAUAUUGCUUCAAGUGAUUUUGAUGGAAAAGACGUGAGGCAGAUAAUUACCUCCAACACCGUGUCAUCGUUUGGUUUGGCUGUUUUUGAAGGCUCUCUGUUUUGGACCCAGACUCGGGGAAAUGUGUUCAGAGCCAGCAAAUUUGAUGGAAGAAACAAGAGAGAGAUCAGAGGAGCUUAUUUCAAGCCAUACACUGUCCAUAUAAAUCAUGUUGCCGCCAAGCCAAAACACAAAAAUCCUUGUGAGAAGAAAAAUGGCGGCUGUGAACAUCUCUGCCUCCUGAGCUCGGUCACGGACCAAGGGUAUUCUUGUCAAUGUAGGAAUGGCUUUGUCUUGAAAGCUGGUCAGAAAGAUUGCAGAAUGAAUUAGGUAAAGAAAAGUGUUCCUAGAAAUCCGAUUGCUUUUCCCAUGAUUGCGAUGACUUUUCUGCCAUACCAGUGUAUACGUCUGUCAUACGCCAUAUUUUGUCGUGCGGUGAAUUGCUUGUUCUUUUUCCGAGCUUAGUAGAUGUUGCUUUGAACUAAAAUUCAUUUUGUUCAAAUAUUGUAUAUAAACUAUAUGUUCUGUCAAAUAUAUACACUUUAAUUAGAGGUUAACCAAAUCUGGAGGAUGAACAUCUUUGGUGUUUUACAAUCCUUGCGACCCUCGCUGAUUUUUCGCUACCGUCGUUUUUAACCAGUCCGAGUCGCCGCUUCCUGAUUAGAACGACGCACAACUCGAUUCUGAAUAGGUCUGAUAAAACGCCCCAGUGCAUACACCAAUUCGACUUACGACCUCGUUUUGGAAAUUUCUUCAAACUUAAUUAGACGACUUUUUUAAGCUCAGAUUUGGUUUUAUCGUCAUAAUUUUAGGCGGAAUACCAUUUUUCAUAUUGUUUGAGCUUGUAUUUAAGAUUUAACCGAGAAAUGAAGUUUGAAAACUUGUAAGGGAUUUGACCGCAAAAAUCGUUCCGGGGGAAACUUUAUCCCCUUAGUCGCCAAUCACGGUCAAAUCCCUUAUAAAGUUUUUAUCUUUAUGUCGUCAUAUAAUCAAUAUCGUGAGCAAUAUCAUAAUGAAAACUUACAAGUAGAUUAAAAUCAUUGCUGUCAAUCCGAAUCUGAGGUCAAAAUUUUUGUACAAAAGAAUUUGAAGAAUUUUUCAAAAUGAGGCCGUAGGUCGAAUUGGUGUAUUGAUUAGAUCUCCGUUUGUACACUGCUCUAUUCUUUUUAAAUUAAUUUCGACAAGAUAAAUUGAGCUUCUUAUUUUAUCUUGAUUUCGACCAUGUCAAAAAAUCUCUCUUUUAAGAAGCUGCUUGUCUCCAAUAUUUUAGCGGACGUUUAUGUAAUAUAAACUUGAUAAUUCAACGUAAGUAAUAUUGCACGUUGAGCGUAUCUUGCGUGCAGAGAGUGGCAAGUGUGCAGAGAGUGGCCAUUGUGCAGAGAGUGGCCAGAGUGCAGAGCCCAUCCUGCGUGCUAUCUACGUGCAGAAUAUGUUCUUUAGCUUCUUACAAGAGUCUGCACGCAAGCCAGUAAAACAUGGAAAUAUCUUUGAUGGCGUUGAUUUAAGGCAUUCCAAGUGAACUGAACAUAACUUUUUGCAUGGCUGUUUCUACAAAAAGAACUAGAAUCUCUAGAUGCAGAUUGGAUGUUGUAUUUUCAGGAUCUUUUAUUCCUGUAUAGAAUAUUUUUUUCGCUAUUAUAUUGUAUGGUAUCGAGUAUUUAAUCGCAGCAUGUAAAGAAUUUUGUUUGGAUUUUUCUUAAAACAUAAUUUUGUGUGUUGGUCUUGUUUUCCAUUUCAUAUAAUUAGUUUUUAGUGAAUAGAUACUCUCGUUUUCA